UGCCUAAAUGCUAUGUCCACAGUUGCCGCUCUGUGGCUGCCUUAUUUAUUUGAAAUGAGGGUGAAGUCAUCUGCUUUGUUUGCAUUCAAGCCUCGUAGAUUCUAUUUAUUCUCUCUCGCUGUCUGUCUGACGGCGAGACACUAACUUGUUCCAAAACCCAGAAUGUGUCUUGGAACAGCUCUCUGGAUAUUUUGGUAUGUGGGGGACCCGGCGGAGGCUGAGUAUGAUGUCUCCACUCUUCUUUCUACUUAGCUCUUAGGCUUCCGUGGUAGCAUUGAAAGUAUUUCCCUGACACUAGGCUGCAGUAAACAUCAGAGUCUUCUGAGGGACAGUGGCCCAGAACCUGGGAGGAGGCACAGCAGCCAGCAGCUCGAGCUCCCCUGAGCUGAUCCUCUUUGGCUGGCCAAGUGGGACCUUACAGUUGUAUAGCUCAGACCCCUGUGAGAAAGAGGUGUCUGGCUGGCUGGAACCCAGAGCCCCAAAGCUUAUGACAGCUGAGCUGGUAGAGCUGGGGCUUCUCAUCACCCCAACAUAUACACAUACACACUUGCCAAGUGGAGAAUGUGGGCCACAUCCCAGCCACAUCUGUGGCAAAGUUCAGACAGGGCACCAAUGUGGUCUCUGGCCCCAGACUCCUAUCCCUGAACAGAGAGCCCCGUGCUGUACCACCCAGAGACAGCUUGUGAGAGGAGAGAGGAGGGCGGAGAAAGAGGGAAGGGAGAGGGGAAAGACAAAGAAAGGGGUGCGGCAGGGCAGCAGUUAGCCCGAGGGGGCGGAGAGUGAGCUCAGCCUGGAGCAGGUCGCAGCAGUCAGAACCUUGUGAGAAGGUUGAGGAGAGCAGCUCCUGCCGCAGAAAAGCUUCUUGCUUCCUGGUCUGAAGCCCCUUCUUUCUGGGACCAGGCACUGAGGCAGCAGACAGGAAGAGUUGGGGCCCAUCUGCUGGCCAGAGGCACUAAUCUUGGGCAUAAACAGGAUCUCCAAGCUCUGGGACCAGUCCUGCAGCUGACAGCCCAGCAGCCAGCCCCUGACGCUCUUGCUAGGUGAUGGAAAACGUGAGUUUUUCCCUGGGCAGAACUCUUUGGGUCUUCCUCCUGGCCAUGCUAGGCUCCACCGCAGGCCAGCCGCUGGGGGGAGAAUCUGUCUGCACAGCCCGGCCUCUGGCUAGAUACAGCAUCACUUUCACUGGCAAGUGGAGUCAGACAGCAUUUCCCAAGCAGUAUCCUCUGUUCCGGCCCCCUGCACAGUGGUCCUCUCUGCUGGGGGCAGCACACAGCUCUGACUACAGCAUGUGGCGGAAGAAUGAGUACGUCAGCAAUGGGCUGAGGGACUUCGCUGAGCGUGGUGAGGCCUGGGCACUGAUGAAAGAGAUCGAGGCGGCAGGAGAGAAGCUCCAGAGUGUGCACGCGGUAUUCUCGGCUCCCGCCGUGCCUAGUGGUACCGGGCAGACUUCUGCAGAGUUAGAGGUGCACCCUAGGCACUCGCUGGUGUCCUUCGUGGUACGCAUCGUCCCCAGCCCGGACUGGUUUGUGGGCAUCGACAGUCUGGACCUGUGCGAGGGAGGCCGCUGGAAGGAGCAGGUGGUCCUUGAUCUUUACCCACACGAUGCAGGGACAGACAGUGGCUUCACCUUCUCCUCCCCCAACUUUGCAACCAUCCCACAAGACACAGUGACUGAGAUAACCGCCUCAUCGCCCAGCCACCCAGCAAACUCAUUCUACUACCCACGCCUCAAGUCCUUGCCUCCCAUUGCCAAAGUGACCUUCGUGCGGCUACGGCAGAGUCCCAGAGCCUUUGCCCCACCUUCCCUGGACCUGGCCAGCAGAGGCAAUGAAAUCGUUGACAGCCUCUCAGUUCCGGAGACACCGCUGGACUGUGAAGUUUCCCUGUGGUCAUCCUGGGGACUGUGCGGAGGGCCAUGUGGAAAGUUGGGAGCCAAGAGCAGAACUCGCUAUGUGCGUGUUCAGCCUGCAAACAAUGGGACUCCCUGUCCCGAGCUUGAAGAAGAGGCUGAGUGUGCCCCAGAUAACUGUGUCUAAACCCAGACCCCAGUAGCCAGCCCUUAGGAUCCCUCAAGCCUUGGACUCAGACCUGGGCCACAAAGUGUUUCCAGGAGGCCCGUGUAGGCAGGGAUGAGAGCAUGGGCAGUUUCGCACCAUUUCCCACCAUUCCUGGGCUGACAGAUGGUCUUGAUACAGAGGCCCUCAGUGACAGGUAAGACACAGACUGCCUCUCCCACUGUGUGAUUCCUGAGGAUCAUGGGUUUGAUCUACAUAAAUUCCUUUGUAAUUUAUUACUGUGGUGGGAGGGAGGCUGCCUUUGAUACAGAGAGAAGGCAUUCCAGGAGCAGGUGAGAGGAUGCCCUAAGCCUGUGAGCCCCACAACCACACUGCUGUCAGAUACCUCAGACCUGCUGCCAAUGCACUUGCUCCUGGAGGCCAAGAAGUCAACCUUCACACCACUCUUGAGCUCACCCUGGGGUGACCACAGGAGGGGCAAAUGAAGAGGGGCAGUUUUGGAAACUUGGAGCUUUUGUGUCACUGAUCCCUUUGCAUUCAAAUAAAGGUUAUGUUCCCGAAAAAUGUCA